CCCAAUGGCUCAGCAGAGGAGCGUGGUGGUUGGUCCCUGUCUCUAUUCGUGCUGACGUGCCAGCACAGCUCAGCCCUGCGGUGGAUGCGGCAGAGCAGGGGAUGUUGGCAAGAGGGAUGCGAGGGGCUGGGGGUCACGAGGGAACCCCUGCAUUGGUUUCUGCCCCUCUGGGAUCUCAGAUAAGGAACCCAAAUCCUUGAGUGCUGCCAGAGAAAGAUUUCCAGGUGGAGAAGGGCACAUGCCCAAGGAUGCCCCGCUGAGCCUGCAACUCCUUAUCACCUGCAGAUGGAGAUAAGGAACUGUGUCACCUCCGGAAACACCCCUUUUCCCUGAGCACCAAGCCUGGUAGCCCAGCUCCACGCUGCAACUUCCCCGUGUGCUCCUUUUGCUUCUAUUGACCUUCCAAGCUGAGCUUGCACCCCGGGCCCCUUGCCAGAGGUGAUGUUCAGAUCCAGGAUGGCUUUUACAUCCCAAACCUCCCAACACAAUGCUUGUCCUCUCCAGCAGAUCCAGCACCACUGAGAAGCUCCGGAACACACCUCCUCUGGCAUCCUCCUCUUCCUCGCAGGAGGCCCUUUGACAUAACUUUGCAAUCUUUAAACUGCUCUGCUUUAAAGAUCUAUUCAAAAGCUUUUUCUUUGAGUGUUUUAUUUAAGUUGUGCCUUCAAGAAGUCCUGAACUGCAGCGGGAAGGGCAGAAGGGGAGUGCUGAGCUGGUGCAGGGCAGCAGGAGAGGAGUGAGCGUGCAGCAGCGAGCACCUCAGUGUCUGCCACAGCAGGGUGAGCCCUACCCUUGCUCACACGCAGCUCCUUUCUUCAGCCGGGGCCAAAACGCUUCCCCCAAGUCUUUAAGAGCAGCCCAACUCCUCCAUGUCAGGAGUGCUGCCUGCUCAGAGCAUCACUGUGGUGUUUUAUCUCACCCACCAUCAACCAGAGAGGUUUUACCGUGUCCGGCUGCCCCCUUGGAAGUCCCUUUAGUAGCUGGCGUAGCAUGCAGAGGGUUCCGGGUGAGGGUUUGGAAGUUCAAAUCACCUUUCUUUGCCUUUUUUUUAUAGCAGCAAGAGGUGGGGAGGCUCUGCCUGCACCCAUCCCUGCUGCCCCAGUGGAGGAGGGAGCCGGCAGCAGCUGUGGGCGGUGGGGUCGGGCUGUGCUCCUUGUGAAGGCACAGACAGGAGCAAUGGGAGCAUCCUGCCUGCUCAUCCCACUCCAGCCCUCGUCAGCCUGGGGAUACAAAAAAGAGAUGUACGGCACCAUGGGGACCCCAGUCCCACAUUUCCUUGGGCAAGGAAUCCCUGUAGGAGCAUCCGCUGCCACUAGCAUCACCAGCCGUGCGGCAGGGACAUGUUACGAGCGGACAAAGCAUCCCAGGUCCCAUCCCGCAAACCCCCACAGCUCUCACCACCCCUCCACUGCCCUUGGCCAUGGCUUGGCCACUACACAACUCCUCCUCAACCCCCAGAGGCGCUGCCUUCAAAGCACCACCUCCUCCUGUACGUUGCCCUCAUUUCCAGCAUCUUUGGGUUGAAAAAUGGCCGGAGAGGGUUUGGCAGAGGAGCCUCGUGCAGAUUAUUCAACAAUUGUUUCCCAUUUUGCGCCCUCGCCUGCCUCAUCCUCCAGUAACAAUGACGAAGAGCGGCGCGGAGCCAGCGCCCGCGGCAGGGGUGUUGAGAUCAGGGACAGCACAAAAAUAUCUUCUCUCUGGAACAAAUAUUUACCAACCCUUCUGCCUUUUGUUCUUGUGGUUCUCAUAUAUUAUUUUUUUUUAUUCCCAGACAUUCACUGGCAAAAUGUCACACUAAGCAGCAACCCAGAAACUUCGGGGUAGCUGCUUGGCUCCUCUGGGCUUUGUUUUUCUCGCGCACUAAUUGUUAAUGAAUUUCCAGCCAUUCAAGCCAACGCAAACCUGUGAGAAAAUGAUCUUUUCGGCCCUGAUUUUGGAGUUUUGCAAAAUCCGGGCAGUUGUGGCGCAAAACAUGCAUCAUCCAACAGCAUGGAGUGGUGGCGGUGCUGCAGCCGUCGCCGGAUGGGAUACAGCAAAGCCAGAGUGGGAUCUAGGGCGGCGGUCUGAGCUCCCAGCAUCGCUCUUGGGGCUUCAACAGCAUGGUCCCUGCUCCUGGGAGGGUUUAAAUGGGGGUGCAUGACAUUGUACGCUCAUCCUUGGCCGGCUUCUUGCAGAUCAUCCUUCUUCCCUUCUGCCCCAUGGCUGGAUUUUCUUCUUUUCCUUCGAAACCAUAAAAUCCCUCAUGUCCCCUUUUUAUGGUGGCCAAACAAGAGCACGUGGGCAAUUUAUGGGUGUUAUGUUUAAAGAAGGGAGGGGGAAAAAACCUCCUCUUCUGGCACAUAAACUUGCAUAUUUGGUUAAAAAUUAACUGUGGCCAUAAAACCCUGAUGUAGGAGUGAGUGGAGCUCACCCUGUGGGUGCUCCAGGACUGUCAGCCCGUGCCUAGCCACCCCACCGGUCACCAUCCCCUCCUCUUCACCACAGGAUGGCUGUGCUACCCUCCACCAGUCCCCGCCGUCUCCUGCCUCUCUCCCUGGGGAUUUUCCAGGGUGCUCUGCUCCUCUUCUUCACGUUCUUCGUCACAUACGAUGAGCCCUCAGUGGAGGCGGAAGAUGCCAACUUGCUGGCCAACCGUCAUGACAGCAUCUAUCCCCUCUUCCAGGACAUCCAGGUGAUGCUGGUGGUGGGACUGGGGCUCCUGUUAUCAUUCCUGCCCCGCUACGGCCUCAGUGCCCUCACCCACAAUUUCCUUCUGCUCAACUUCUCCUUGCAAUGGGCUCUGGUGCUGCAGGGCUUGAUCCAUCACUUCCAACACGGCCAGGUCCACCUGGAUCUCCACAGCUUCCUUAUUGCUGAGUUUGCUGCCGUGACAGUACUGAUCUCUGUAGGAGCCAUCCUGGGGAGGACCAGCCCCUGCCAGCUCCUCGUUGUGGCUGCUUGCGAAGUCCCCGUCUACCUCGCCAGUGAGUGGGCCAUCAUCACCCAUCUGGGUGUCCUCGACGUGGGGGGAACCAUCACAAUCCACAUCUUCUCCUGCUAUUUCGGCCUUGGCUUGUCCAAGGGUCUGUUUGGGGGGACACGGCAGCCGAUACACCCCAAGGAGACCCCAACACGCCGCUCUGACCUGCUGUCCCUCGUGGGGACACUCAUCCUCUGGGUUUUCUGGCCCAGCUUUGUGGCCGUCCUCUGCCAACCAGGAGAUGCCCAGCACCGUGCCAUCCUGAACACCCUCCUGGCCAUGAGCGCCAGUUCUGUGACCACCAUGGUGGUCUCCAGCCUGCUGGACAAGGAUGGCAAGCUCAGCCCUGGCCACCUGCAGAACGGCAGCCUGGCUGGCGGGGUGGCCAUCGGUGUGGUGGCUGACAUGGCUAUGCCGCCGGUAGCCGCUCUUGCCCUGGGCAGCCUCUCAGCUGUGGUGUGCAUCCUCGGCUUCAGGUUCUUCACCCCAUUCCUAGCAAAGAAGCUUGUGCUCCAGGACCAGGGUGGCAUCCACAACCUCCAUGGCUUGCCUGGCAUCAUCGGCGCUGCGGCCAGCGUCGUGGUCAUCCUGGUGACAUCCAAGGACACAGCUGGGUUCCACUUCUCCGAGGGGUCUCUUGUCAAAGGCAAUGCCAGCGAGGUAGCGGGGAGACUGUGGGGGGACCGUGGGGCAGGCAGGCAGGCGCUGUGCCAGGGAGCGGGGCUGGCGGUGGCCAUCGGUGUCUCGCUGCUCGGCGGGCUGCUCACCGGCACCGCGCUGCGACUGCCCUGCCUGGCCCGGCCGCCCGAGCAGCUCUGCUUCGAUGACUUGCUGUAUUUUAAGAUCCAGGAUGGGGCUGAGAGCCCAGAGCCAGCCAGCACUACCGAGGAGGGAGCCCUGGCUGUGAUGGAGCAGGUUUAGGCACUGGGGUGGGGCGAGGGCUGGGGCAAAUGGCUCGGGGCUUGUCCUGCCCUUGGCGAGGAGCAGUGGGUAGGAGACACUGCCCAUACUCAUUCCCUGCCCCACAUCCAGCUCCAGCCACCAAGGAUGCUGGCAAGGCUGUGGCAGCACGGUGGUGUUUGUUCCUCCUCCAUCCUCCCAACUUGCAGCUGUGAACCCCCUCAUCUGCCUGAGCCGCUCCCGGGAUCCUCCAUCCCUUGCAAAAAAACCCCAGAAACAGCCUGCACAGGGUGUCUCAUCCAGGAUGCCUCGUACCCCCUGGCUAACCCGAACAGCCACAGGGCACUGGCAUCAGGGGCAGCAUCCACAGCCAGCAGCACCCAGCAAGGGCCGCUGGCUCACUGCAGCACCGGCCACGGCACCAGGCUGGGGAUUCGGCAUCCGCUGCCCGGAGGGUGGAAAUGCAGGAGCGGAGUGAGGCGAGAUGGACUGAUCUGGCCCCAAGCAAGGGAUGUCACAGGGAUUUGAUAGCCGGCACUAGGCGAUAUACUCUCCAGGAUACACUGCAAAACGAGAUGCUGGCUUCUCCUGCCACCGGUGCAGCAGGCGAUGAUGAGGACUCAACCCAACCACAGCAAAGACUCUUGGAGAGAGCUGGGAUGCAGGAGGCACCCACACCCCACAGCAGCUUCAACCCACCCUGCAGCUGGGUCCAGGAAAGCUCUGCCAGCCUCCCAGGAUGCUGGCGGGAACCGAGGGAGAGCAGUGGCCCCAUCCCAUCGCAGCGAGCCUGCAGAAGACAAAGCCUGUGGUCCAUCACUUGCAUGCGGCAAACUGCGAGCGCGGGGCCGCAUCCUGCCCAGGGAGCGAGGGCUGUGAUUCACAUCCCCCCCUCCAUGAGUCACUGCUGCCCCUGCACCAUCGCGGAUCCCGCUGCUGCGGAGACAAUGUCACGAUGCUCGCCGGCUCCCAAGGGGGUCGAGGCAACUGAACCCCCAGUGCUGGCUACAGAAUUGGGAGCGCUCAGCAUGGUUGGGGGUCCCCAACCUCGAUCUGGAGGGAGUGGGGCUGGAUCUCCUCCACCCGGCGCAGCCCCAGGCACAGCCACACCAAGAGGGAACGAGGCUGGGGAAUUUGCCCUCCAAUAAUCACAAACAGGCUCGGGAGCCCGGGCGUGUUUGGUUAAUUGUUAGAAUAAAAUAUUGCUGAGCUCUGACAAAGGAAUCCUGCCCCGCAGCCCCGCACGGCCGAACAAUGGGCCCCGGUGCUGGAUGCCAUGGGCUGAGCAGUGGGGCUGGGGGCCACGGUGGUGGGGGCAGCCUGAUCCCCCCAGACCCCAGCCGAGCCACAGCGGCCCUCCGGCUCCUCAGCAGCUUGGCAGGCAUGUGUUGGGAGCCGUCACAUGCCCGCUCGCCAGCAUGGAGCAGGAAUAGGGUCCAUCCGGACCCCUCGCUGCUGCCUGGCAUGGAGAGCCUCUGGAGCCAGCACCCGCCUGUGGAGCUGUGAGACCAUCGGGGCCCGGAUCAGCAGAGUGAACUCAUGGUCCUGCUGAGCCUGACAUCCCCUUCCCGCUGCCUUCCCACCGUGCCGAGGCCUGACGGCUCCAACGCCUGGCUGCAGCUCCAGUUCCAGCUCUGGGAGCAGGGAGGAGGGUGCGCUGGGCUGGUGGUGGCAGUGGGGGCUGCAGCCACCACCUUGAGAGGCAGCCGUGGAGAGGAAUCCCACGCACACACCCGUGUGCAUGCAUGCACACACCCCAAAUCACUCAUAUGCAUCCAUGCACACACCCAUAGACGCAUGCACACACCCCAAAUCACUCAUAUGCAUCCAUGCACACACUCAUAGAUGCAUGCACACACCCCAAAUCACUCAUAUGCACCCAUGCACACACCCAUAGAUGCAUGCACACACCCCAAAUCACUCACACACACCCAUGCACAACCCCCCAAACCACAUACAUAUACCCAUGCAUACAUGCACGCACACACACAAUAACGCACAUGCACCCAUACACACAUGCACAGACAUACACACAGGCUGUGAACCCCUUGCUGGCAGAAGAAGCGGCAGACCAGGGCAGAGCUGCUUUCCAGCAUCACCCAGCGCUUCCCAGAGAGCGCAAAGGCUCCCACCGAGCAGCCUGCAGCACCCAGCAGGGGAGCAGGGAGGGAAAGCACCCAGAGCUGGGCCUGGGUGCACUCUGCUUCUUGUCUGGCGUGUCCUGGCAUGGGCAUCCUGGCACAAUCUGCUUGCCUCCAAAACCAAUAACAGUCUCAGAAAACAGAAGGAUCAGCGCUUUCCUGCUGCCUAGAGGGGCUCAAGCACCCAGCAUCCCAUGGCCAGGGAUGGCAGAACCCACCUGGGCCACAGCACAGCUCCGUGCAACCUCAUUCCUACCCAUCCCCACCCCCUGGGACCCUCACCCUCCAGCGUGAGCCAGGCAGCGAUGCCGCCGGGUGUGCAGCCCCGCGCCCAGCUCUCUCCUACUCCUCCAAACCAGCCGCUCUCCAAAGGACAGAGCUGUAAAAUAUUCGGCAGAGCCCCUAGAGUUUAUCACACUGUAAAUCUGGGCUUUCAACAGCUUUACGAUGCUGCAGGGAGAUGGGAGAGAACAAAAACGCUGCUCUGCUUCGUCAGACACCGCCUGUGUGUGCCAGUGCCCCCAGCGCUGGGGCUGCCAGGGGAGCGGCCCCCAGCCCAGCUUGUGGGGGGAUGAGGACCAAAGCAGGGGGGUUGUGUGUGCAAGGGACCCCCACCACCACCGACCAGGGGGGCUGCUGGCUCCCCGAGAUGGUAAUGGCUCUGCGACAGCUGUCUUUCAGUGAGAUGGUGAUAGUGCAAAGGGGCAAAACUUGCCUCUGGCAGCGGCUCCGCGGGUAUUUGGCAGCCACGGUCCUCAGGCACGGUCCCUCAGCACCACCAUGCUGGGAUCUGCUGCUUCCGAGCUCAGCCCACAGCCGGGUUGGGAUGCAGCAUGCUGGUCCUGGUAAGGAGCACCAAUCCCCAUCCCCACCACCCCUUACCACCAGCCCCCGUCUGCCGUGAUUGCAAAACAAGCGGUGAGGGGAGGAAGCCGUGAUUGCGCUGUUUGCACAGCGCCCAGAUGCAUCUGGCAAGGCGAUGGGCCGGCAGCACACGGCGCGGUGUGGGGCUGAGGGCACGGCGAGCGAGCCCCCCACCCCGUGACGCCCUUCGUGCUCUAACACAGACGUGGGCAGCCUUUGCACCCCGUCCUGUGCCCAGGCGUGCCCAGGGCAUCCCAGCACCGGCCUCGCCCGCGCUCCUUGCGCAAGCGAGGUGGGGGCUGGCAGGGUGCCGGGCGGCUGCCAAGCAGCUGGCACGGGGCAGGGGGGGGCGCCAGGGCAGCAGCGGCUGCUGGAGCCACAUCAGAGUGGCCCCCCCGGAGCAGC